CAGAGCUUGUAAUGCUGCACUGUUGGAGCCAGAUCACUCAGUAAACAGAGGCACUAACAGAUCUCCCCUUCAGAAGAUCUCACUUAUUUGUGACUGUGAGCUCUGGUCGAGACGAUGUUGUGCAGUAAGAUUGCCGGGAUCUCUGCCUCCAGCCUCAGUUUCAUUCUUCUGCUCACGGGGAUAUUGACAGAUUAUUGGUUGGUGAAUUUUGGUCAAGGAUUAUAUCAUGAAGGGCUAUGGCAAAGAUGUUCCAAAAACAUAUGUGACAAACUGUCCUCAAAGAAUGGGUAUAUUGAGGGCACCCGUGGACUUCUGAUUGUGUCAGCAGCAUUCAUGGUCCUUGGAUUAGUGUCCUCUUGUCUUUCCUUUGCAAAUGUUUACGUGGGUAAAAUCUCAGUCUCCCUUAUAGCCAGCGGUUUGGAAUCUAUAUCAGCUGUGCUUCUUAUCAUUGGAAUGUCUGUAUAUACGGCGGAGAACACCUAUAUAGUCAAUAAUUCCUCAUUCAACUUCAAUUGGUCAUUCUUCCUGUCCUGGGUUUCAGUUCUGGGUCUGCUCAUUGCAGCUGUCUCGCAUAUCCUGGCAUACAAGGCUUCGCCCAGACCUGGAUACGAUACAGUAGGAUCGUGACCUUGGACCACAACUUUUCCUUCCAUGUAGCCCUUUUCUUCAGUGCUGAUUUGCAACAAGAACAUGAGAUUAAAUGCAAUGACAUAAUUAUUAUCAAUAAACUAUUGUUUGCUUCCCAGGCA